AUAUGUCACCAUAUUAAUUUCUUGACUUUGUUGCACACCUUAAUCAUCUAGCCCAUUCUUUUUCUUAUCAACAUUUAAUCCCUCACACACACAUACCAUACCAUAUAACCUCUCUUAAUGUCUUACAAGUUUUAGUCAUCAUUCUUCUUCACAAUGCCUUCUUCUACUCUUCAAUGGCUUAGCCUAGUUGCCAUCAUUUGGCUCCAAGUCAUAAAUGGAACAAACACUAAUUUCCCAGCUUAUUCUUCCCAGCUAAAACAACUUCUCUCCAUUUCACAAGUUGAACUCAAUAACCUUGCUUUUGCAUCCGAUGCUGGUAAACUUUUUGGUUGGUUUUCCGGGCUCGCUGCUAUUUACCUCCCUCUCUGGCUCGUCCUUAUCAUCGGUUCGUUUCUCGGACUAAUCGGUUAUGGUCUACAAUAUCUCUUCAUAACCAACCAAAUUUCUUAUCUAUCAUACUGGCAUGUGUUCUUCCUAACAUUUCUUGCUGGCAAUAGCAUUUGUUGGAUCAACACUGUCUGUUAUGUUGUCGCCAUACGAAACUUUCUAUCCAAUCGCCAAGUCGCUGUCGGAUUAACAACUAGUUAUCAAGGAUUAAGUGCAAAGAUUUAUACAAACAUUGUUGAUGUUGUUUCUUCACACAAUAAAGCUAAAACUUUUCUUUUAUUGAACUCUAUAGUACCUGUGGUUGUUUGCUUCAUAUUAGCUCCUAUAGUAAGAGAAAAUGAAGUCAAAAAUUCAAAGCAUUCUAGUGUUGUUUUUGCUUUGAUGUUUGUUAUCACAAUUACCACCGGAAUAUAUGCAGUGAUUAGCAGCUUGCCAAUUUUCACAAACAAAAUUUCCUCACUUGGUGUCCUUAUUGGUAUUCUAGUAUCUCUUCUCUUACCUCUUUUACUUCCAAUUUCUGUGAAGAUCAAGGAACUAGUUGAAUCAUUGCACAAAAAAAGAGAAAGUCUAAGAAUCUACCAUUUUACCAUGGAGGAGAAUAUUGAUAAAGAGAGUUAUGUGAAAGAGAGUGAAGAUAGUUGUGAAGUUGAAGAUGGUUGUGUUAUGGAAGAAAUAGGUGUGAAGUUAAUGUUGAAAAGAAUGAAUUUCUGGUUAUAUUUCUUUGUGUAUUUUUUUGGUGCAACAAUUGGUUUAGUAUUUCUGAACAAUUUGGGACAAAUAGCUGAAUCAAGAGGUUGUUCUGCUACUUCCUAUUUGGUGUCUUUGUCUUCUUCUUUUGGAUUCUUUGGUCGUCUCAUUCCAUCUCUUCUAGAUUACUUCUACAGAGGAAAGUGUACAAUUUCAAGACCUGUCACAAUGGCGGGAGUAAUGGCACCAACAGCAGGUGCAUUCUUCUUGCUUCUCAACAAAACAGACAUUGCUCUUUACAUAAGCACAGCUGUGAUUGGAGUCUCCACUGGAGCAAUCACUUCCACUGCUAUUUCAACAACAACUGAACUUUUUGGAACUAACAAUUUCUCUGUAAAUCAUAAUGUGGUUGUGGCUAAUAUUCCUAUUGGAUCUUUUCUAUUUGGUUACUCAGCAGCACUUAUCUACCGUAACCAAGGAAAUGGAGAUGGAAAAUGCAUGGGCGUGGAAUGUUUUAGCAACACUUUUAUCAUUUGGGGUUCCUUUUGUUGCUUUGGAACUUUUUUGGCUUUGAUUCUUUAUUUUAGGACUCGCAAGUUUUACUCACAAAAUCAUUAGGGUAACAUUUUUGUUUACUUAUUACUAAUAUAUAAUCUCACUUUCAUUUUACACCAAUUUACUAUAUUUAGAUUUAGUUACAAAUAUAGUCUAGAAGUAGGCGUUGUAAUAUAUGUAUAGGUUUGCUUUCACUUGAUUAAUAAGUAUAACUAUUGAAUCAAGUAAGAUAUCUCUUGUGUGGA